GCUCGCCGACCAACUUCAUUUGUGCUCCGUCAGCCAAGUCGAACGCUACUCCGGUCAGCUUCAGCGUAUAUUCGUGUGGUAGUCGCAACUUGCCUCUUUUUGUCGUACAGCGCCAGCAAACGCACAGGUCCUUGCGACGGCAUAGAAGAGGACCCUUCCUGUCCCGGGUAUCAAUCAAACCAAGCUCUCAAAAAUCUGCGGAUCGUGAAUAUCCAGCAGCCAGAGCCGCCCGCAAACGAGGUGAAGAAACUCUCCAGUCUCGGAGUCCUCCCAGUGUUCCAGACCGUGGUACCGCGCGUUUCUACCCCCUCUUUGUUCCUCUCACGCUUUUUUACCGGUUUCGUAGUGGUGUGUCGUCCCGUGUUGGUGGUGCCCCCCUAAAUUCAAUCAAACACCGUCAAUACUGUUGUGCGCCCGCGUCAAAAUCCGCGUUGUGUCCUUUUUUUUAAAAAAAAUAAGCAAAAAACCAAAGAGAUCGUGUCACACAGUCCGAUCCCCGUACCUUCGCUAAAGCAUCAGCAAGUAGGAGGAAGCGAAAACCAGAAAGAAAACAACCGAGUGUGCGUUACGAAAAGUUUUGUGUGAGAAAAGCGUUGUAAUCUCAACCAUUCGGUAAAGGAUCGUCACUGCCGCCAGUCAGACUUCUAGCAACUAACUGUACUACCUCGACCUAUACCGGUUACUACUACUACUACUACGUCCACCAACACAACUAUAGCAUCCAGCCGAACACAACACUCCAGCAUCCGCAGAGCAGCGCAUCCUUAAAACGAUAAACCACCAAUCGCCAAGACCUUCCCAUCCCUCGGCGGCAUCUCGUCGUCCUUCCCACACACCCAGCAGCGGUCCCGUACGGACUAUUUGCGUGUGACGCGGCUCUGUUGAGCAUCGAAGGCAGCCACCCUGUAUCUCCAACCGACCGUCGCCACCAUGAAUGGUUCCGGGUACGAGAUAAAUACAAACGGUGACAUCCUGCUACAGAACCAGCAGAAGGGCUGGUGGACGAUCGGGCUGAUCAAUGGCCAGUACAAAUACAUGACGGCCGAAACGUUCGGCUACAAGCUGAACGCGAACGGGGCGAGCCUGAAGAAGAAGCAGCUCUGGACGCUCGAACCGUCCACCACCGGCGAUAGUAUCAUCUAUCUGAAGUCUCACCUGGGACGCUACCUCUCGGUGGAUACGUUCGGCAAUGUGCUGUGCGAGUCGGAGGAGCGUGAUGCGGGCAGCCGCUUCCAGAUCAGCAUCACCGACGACAAUUCGGGCCGCUGGGCGCUGAAGAACGAGCAGCGCGGCUACUUCCUCGGUGGUACGCCGGAAAAGCUAACCUGCACGGCGAAGGCUCCGGGCAAGAGCGAGCUGUGGAGUGUCCAUCUGGCUGCUAGGCCACAGGUGAACUUGCGCUCGGUUGGUCGUAAGCGAUUUGCCCAUCUGUCCGACACGCAGGACGAAAUCCACGUCGAUGCGAACAUCCCGUGGGGUGAGGACACGCUGUUCACGCUGGAGUUCCGUGCCGAUGAGGACGGCCGUUACGCGCUGCAUACGUGCAACAACAAAUAUCUCAACUCGAACGGUAAGCUGGAGAACAAGUGCAACGAUGACUGUCUGUUCUCGGCCGAAUACCACAGCGGCCACCUGGCGUUGCGCGACCGGCACGGACUCUACCUGUCGCCGAUCGGUUCGAAGGCGGUGCUGAAGUCACGCUCGCAGACGGUCACGCGCGACGAACUGUUCUCGCUCGAGGACUCGCUGCCGCAGGCAUCGUUCAUUGCCGCACUGAACAGCAAGUACGUGUCGGUAAAGCAGGGCGUCGACGUUACCGCCAACCAGGACGAGAUCGGCGAGAACGAAACGUUCCAGCUGGAGUUCGACUGGUCCGCACACCGGUGGGCACUGCGCACGACGCAGGACCGUUACUGGUGUCUGUCGACCGGCGGUGGCAUUCAGGCGACCGGUAACCGCCGGUCGGCCGAUGCACUGUUCGAGCUCGAAUGGCACGGCGAUGGUUCGGUAUCGUUCCGUGCCAACAAUGGUAAGCUGCUGGCAACGAAGCGGUCCGGCCAUCUGUUCGCCACCGCCGAAGCGAUCGAGGAGACGACCAAGUUCUACUUCUAUCUGAUCAACCGACCGAUUCUGGUGCUGAAGUGCGAGCAAGGGUUCGUUGGGUAUCGUGCACCGGGCAGCAACAAGCUCGAAUGCAACAAAGCCAUCUACGAAACGAUCCUGGUCGAGCGUGCCCAGAAGGGUAUCGUCCAUUUCAAGGGUCAAAAUGGCAAGUAUUGGCGCGUGGAUGGUGAAGGCAUUGCGGCCGAUUCGGAUGUACCGUGCGACGGGUUCUUCAUCGAGCUGCGCGAACCAACGCGCAUCUGUCUGCGUUCGAGCGAUGGCCGCUACCUGGGCGCUACCAAGAAUGGUACGUUCAAGCUCGUCGACACCGGUUACGAUACUGCCACCCAGUGGGAAUACUAAGCGAACAAGAAUCAGUAAGACGGAGGGGGAUCGUUAGUUAUAGUGUAGACACACACACACACACAUAGAGAACAAGGGACAUCAGGGAGACCCCGGUCGUUCGUCGGGAAAUCGGAAACUACGUCUCGGUCUCGUUUUCUUUCGAUUUUUGCUUUCUUUUUGGUUUUUGUUUUCUUCUUGUCCCUUAAUCGACGAAGAAAGUGCGUGUAUGAUGUGUGUGUGUGUGUGUGCUGACUUGGAUGAUGGGAUGCAGGGAUCCGUUUUAGGACAAGCUGUGUCAUCGGUCGCAAACAAUUUAUUUGACAGAACUAUUUACGAUAUUUAUUCAGGCAUCUAUGUGUGUGUGUGGGUGCGCGCGCGUGUGUGUGUGUAGUAUGUGAAAAUGCAAUUCAAUCUCUCUCUCUUAUCGUAACCUACAUACAACACACACACACAGAGACACGCACACACAUAUUUAUAUACAUACUCGAUAGAAUGGUGAAGCAUAUACACUGACAAUUAUACACACACACAUGGAAACCUCGAAGGUAUGAAGCGAAUAAUACACACACAUACACUCAUUUAGCCUAGUAGUAUAUUAUACGUGUAUGAUUGAUUGGCGAAAAAAGGCAACAGGUCAGGGAAACGCAUACAUAUGCGUGAGCUUCGGCAAAGGAAUUUCCACAAAGGAUCGCUUUGCGUUCUGGAAGAGUUUCCCGGCGCGUGUGCUUAUGUAUUUGUGUGUCUCCAUAUUUUUUUUUCGGAGAAAGUCGUUGCACUGCGAGUGAAAAGAAGUAUAACAUUUGUAUUUAUUUGUGAAGCAGAAGUCGAAGAUCGAGAAAUAAACACACAUACACUCACAACACACAAGAGAAAAUGGAGGAGCAAGUUAUCCUCUCCUCAGGUCGUGUGGUAAGGAAGAAAAGUUUAGAUUUUUUUGUAUCCCUAUUGCUAUACAUAUAAUAUAUACUUACACCAACAUAAAACCACACACACACAAACCCAUUCUCGAAUAUAUUUAAUUACUACCCAAAUUGCAGCAGCAAAAUGUCGUCCAGAGACAGUACUAGGGCGGAAAGAGAGAGAGAGUUUUUUAUUUCUCUCUCUCUCUCUGUGACAAGGUGAUCGAAAAAGAAAACUAGAAAGGGCUAAACAAGCUCUAAAACCGCAAAUGGUAAACGAUCCCAAAUGCUUGAAAUCAGGUUAAAAAGAAGUUAAAAUGCUAGCUAAGAAGCAUCUUGGCGCAGAGAAUGAAGGACAGAAUGAGCGUGCGCGAGGGAGUGAGAGAGAGAGAGGGAAAAAGAAAAGCAAUACAGAAGGAAGGUAACACUACUUUGUGGGGUGGGGGGGGGGAAGGAAAGCAAAGGGAAGUGGAUCCGGAGGGGAAAAAGGGGGGUGUGCGACGUGAUGAACGAGAGCGGUGAUAAAACCUUUUUUUGUGCUAAACGUGUUUCUAUGUACCAACCGCGCGCGAUACCAACCGUCAACUUUAAGCAUCAUUAACUUUAUUUAUGCGUACACUAAAACACACGCACAUCCGUUCGCGAAAACUCACGUUCACACCAGAGGAGGAAGUGCAAUAGUGUUUGAAUAAACCGCCCGCGGGUGGUAUGGGGUACCAUGAAAGACAUCUUCACUAAUACGGACACAACUGACAGAAAGGAUCUUCGCAGGCGCGAGUGUGUGUGUAGCUGGAUCGCAGAUACAUAUGUGCGUGUGCGUGAGUGGAUUUAUCGCAUAAAAAAAGGAUUAACUUAAGUACGGUAGGCGGCGAUUAGCAACACAGGAAUCAUUAAGACAUCAUCAUUAAUCAAUAAAAAAACUCAAGUCAAAACCAA